AUGUAUCUAUAUACACACCUACAGUUUGAUGUUAAACUCUUAAGCCCUACUCUUAUUUACACCAGGAUGAGCGAUCAAGAUAGCUUGGUUGCCACCAGGGCCAGAAGAGCUAAUGCGGGUUCAAGAUUGAAACAACUUAUAGAGAUCGAAGAGCAAAGCUCAGGGACAAGAAACAUAGCAUAUAAUGAGGAUGAUGAAAACGUUCAACUCUUGUUUCAAGAAGAUGAAAAUGAUGAAGAAUUUGAAGUACCAGCUGAGGAAGAGAGUGAAACAGAAGAGGGAGACGAAGAAGAGAACGAUGAAGGGUCAAGAGAAAUUCCGGAUCUGAAAGAUCAAGUGGAGAGUUCUGACGUAGAGGCCCAUGUCAACUCGGAUGAAAUGCUCUCUGACUCUGAUUUGUCGGCUUCUGAUGAAGACGAAUGUGAAGGUGAACGAGAGCUACAGAAGCAGGAGAAAGCUAAGAAGCGGAAGAAACAACUGUCGUCAAUUAUCCCUGCAAUCAAAAAACCGAAGCUCACUAAAGCAAAGCCAUCUCCUAAACCAGAAGUAAAGCAUCUGGAACUAUUACUUUUGAGUGAGAGAAGAGCGUCCGCCAGGAAGUCAGCGAUAAGGAAUAAACAGGAGCUUGUACAGAGAUUGAAAGAAGACGAGUCCAGAAGAGCUGCCCUUGCACCUGUUGUGCGUGUUAAAGAAAAAGAAUUGUCACAAGAGGAGAGGCUUGCGCAAGCCAAGGAAACAGAAAGAGCGAAUAUUAUUUCGCUAAAUCAAUUUAUGGAACAGGAAAUUGUGAAGAAAGAGCGCCAGAAACUAUUGUUUCAACAAAGGCGGCCCAAACUUCGAAAUGUUAUACGACUACUCUCCACAGAGUCUUAUGUCACCCCACUUGAUGAAGUGGAAGACAACAGACGUGUCAGAGAUCUCUUUGAAAAGAAAAAACGUGGCAGAAGAAGAAAGAAUGUAUCUGAAGAGCCGGAAACACGAACAUUGGGGGAUAUUGAUACAGAAUUGCCAUAUUACAAAAAAGAAAUGGAGGAAAAAAGGAUUAAAGAACAACAAGAAGAAGAGAGAAGGCGACAAGUAGAAGCCGCGAGAGCAGAGAGAAGGAAGAAACUUGAAGAAGAAAGAGAAGAAAGGAAACGAAAAUUGGAAGAAGAAAGACUAGCACGAAAAAAAGCAAAAGAAGAAAGACUCAAGGAGUUUGAGGAUGUAGAUAUCGAUCAUGAAGGAGGAAAACCCAAUAUUUCCGUUGAUGGGGAAAUCGAUGAGGCGAUGCCUCAACACGAAAAUGACAUAGGUUCUAGAGACGAAGAUGAUGAAUCGGGGACUACAAAUAAUGGUGCACCCAAUGAGCCAAAUGCUGAAAAAACCUCCCACGUGCUUGAAAGUGAACUGGAAGAAAAUCAAAGAAAUCAUAACGACGGGACGAAUGCAGUAGAAACACAAAAGGACGAGCAUCUCAUAACCAAAGAACCAACUCAUGCAAGUUCUCAAACUGAAAGUGCUGUUUCUACCGAUAAAGAGAAAUAUGAUACAGAUACAAUGCCACAGGUUGACGGUGUGGAUGCCGAAACCGAUUCGAAAGUGGAGGUAAAAUCAGAGGAGCUUAAUGAUGUGUCACCACAACCAGGACUUGAAAUAAAGUCAGAAGACUCCACAAGGAUACACGAGAAAAAAGUUACAUUUGUUGAGCCUGAUGUCACAACUGAAGAUCUUGUGGAGGAUAGUGAAAAAAUGGUUGAUGAUACUGAAAGUGAAAUGAAAGCAACAGAAACUCCAGAAGAGGAAAUUAAAACAGAAGUUGAAGAAGAGGAACCUGAUGUAUUUAGAUCUUAUCCAGAGUACCGAAAGCAAGCGGACGGUACAAUCUUCCAAGGGCCCGUGCAACACGUUGCAAGGAAUCUAAUCUUCCUUCUUAAUUUCGAAGAAGAGGAAAGGUGGGGGCUCACGGAAAUGAAAAUGAAAACAAUUCUCUUUGGCGAAGAUGCUAACCUUGGGCCUUCAAGAAGAUUUAGAGAAGUUGAAACUAUCCUUAAGAGCUCCUUGCGGUCAGAUAAUCCUUAUGCUACCCCUAAAGAAGAAAAGGAGGAUGAACUUUUCAUCCCAGUCACUGAUCUCACCGAAGAUAGUGCUAUGUUCGAAGUACUAAUGAAAUUGCCACGGCUUGACACUAAGGAGAUCUUUGAGGAGGAGGAAAUCGAUGAGAACAUGGAAGAAAGUACUGAAAUCCGGAUUCGUACAGAGGCGCCUACAGGUCUCUACCUUCCUAAUGGAAACAAGAAACUUUGUCUUUUAUCAGGGAAAGAGGUUCGUUAUUUUGACCCAUUUACGGGGAUUCCUUACGAGAACAAAGACGUUUACCAAAUCAUUAAAACUAUCGAACUGGGUGCAAUUCCGUGGUACAGUAUGAGCAGAGAGCAGAAUACGUAUGGACCUGUGGAGAUUUAUCUCAACAACAGAGAAAAUCCUAGGCAUGCGAAAGGAGUGCCAGAAGGAUUUGAUGGAUUUUAG